GCCCUUGCAAGCAGUCGUAGAGCCGGGCCAUGGAGACGUGGGGCGCGGCUGCUGCCGCGGCGCUGUCCGUGUGGCUCGCCCUGGUGCUCGGCCUUAUCCUGCUGCCCUCCGUCGUUGGCGUGUCGCUGGGCAUCUCCGAGCUCUACAUGACCGUCCUGGUCAAGACCCUGGAGUGGGCCACGAGACGGAUUGAGAAAGGAGUUAAAAAACAGCAGGCACGGAUGUUAAAGGACUCUGCAUCGAAUGGGAUCAUACAGCGAGUUGACACCACCAUGGAGAAGGAGAUCGCAAGCCUGCACAGAGCAGACUUUGAACUCUCCGACAUCUUCUAUUUCUGCAGGAAAGGGUUUGAGGCCAUUGUGGAAGAUGAAGUCACCCAAAGGUUUUCUUCAGAGGAGCUGGUCUCCUGGAAUCUCCUCACAAGGACCAAUAUCAACUUCCAGUACAUCAGCCUGCGGCUGACCAUAGUUUGGGUCAUUGGGGUCCUGGUGCGGUACUGUCUCCUACUGCCUCUUCGUCUUACAUUGGCCACCAUUGGGAUUCACUCAAUGAUUGUGGGAACAACGUUGGUAGGCUGUCUGCCAAAUGGAAGCAUUAAAGACUGGUUGAGUGAACUAGUCCACCUAACAUGUUCCCGGAUCCUUGUCAGAGCUCUUUCUGGUACUAUUCAUUACCAUAACAAGGAAAACAAACCCCAGAAGGGUGGUAUCUGUGUUGCCAAUCACACAUCUCCAAUAGAUGUUAUCAUCCUGACCAAUGAUGGAUGCUAUGCAAUGGUUGGACAAACUCAUGGUGGGCUAAUGGGAGUUAUUCAGAGAGCGACUGUAAAGGCCUGUCCCCAUGUCUGGUUUGAACGCUCAGAAGUGAAAGACCGCCAUCUAGUGAUGAAAAGACUGAAAGAACAUGUAGCAGAUAAAAACAAAUUGCCCAUCCUGAUCUUCCCAGAAGGCACCUGUAUAAAUAACACAUCAGUAAUGAUGUUUAAGAAAGGGAGCUUUGAAAUAGGAGGAACAAUCUAUCCAGUUGCAAUCAAGUAUGACCCCCAGUUUGGCGACGCGUUCUGGAACAGCAGUAAAUACAAUGCAGUGAGCUACCUCUUGCGACUAAUGACCAGUUGGGCUAUUGUGUGUAAUGUGUGGUACCUGCCGCCGAUGGUCAGAGAGGAAGGAGAAGGUGCCGUCCAGUUUGCCAACAGAGUGAAAUCGGCCAUUGCCCUCCAAGGAGGAUUGACUGAACUUGCCUGGGAUGGAGGUUUGAAAAGGGCCAAAGUCAAAGAGACUUUCAAGGAGGAGCAGCAGAAAAACUACAGCAAGAUGAUAGUAGGAAAUGGAUCAUCUGGGAAUCUGUCUUCAGGAACUGAACCUGACUGAAUGCCAGUUCUUUCAAUAAAGUUUCCCAAGACUAGCCCUGCAAGAAUGAUGGGGAUUGUUAUACUUCCCCUCCCCCUCCCCCCCGCUUGAACUUUUUUUGUUGUUGUAAUGUGUGUGUAUGGUUAUCCUUUCAUGGAUGACAUGGAAUUUGCACAUGGGCCAGUGUCCUGACUUUUUCCCCCCUCUUUGCAAGCAUGACACUAUAUCACUGAAUUGCAGCUGCUGGUAUUGUGGAGAUGAUAGGGAGUCAAGGAGGGGAGGGGAAGGAAACCUACAGUUCAGAAAUAGCAAAUGAAAAAUUGAAUAUCUAAUGAGGAAAGGGAAGCACAUUGUAAAUCAUCGUAAUAGGACACUUGAUUUACUCAUGGUGUGAGUGACUCUUUUUUUCACUCCAAUUAUUUGGAAGCUUUAAACCUGACAGACUUGUUUCCUGAAUAGCUUAAGUCUCCCUGUCCUCUCCCCCUUUUAUUACACUUGCAGGUAGUUUUGUUGCAGGAUCCUUGAAAAAAAGAAUGGGUCUCUAGAUAGUGAAUACUGUGGCUUGGGUGCUAUGUCCAUUAUUUUGCACCUUUUGUGUAUAUGGGGUAGAAUUGCUUGUGAGUGUUGGGUCCCAACCAGUGGGGAAAGUCCCAGCCAGCCAGAUCAUGCCUUUUAAACUGAAUGAAGAACUUGGACAAUUCCAUAUUUAUAAGCCAUCCUCUGAAAGCUGAUCUAGAGAAGGUAGUGGCAGAAAUGUUGGAGUUUCCGCUACACUGGUACUAGUUAAACAACAGUUUCUUUGAACUGGGAACUGCAAAAGAAAGAGAUGGAUGGCAGUGCAAUUACUGAAGAUUGAUACUAUUGUGUAUUGUAGCAGAUGUGUUUUUAAGACUGGCAUUCUGCAAAACUUAACUGCUAACAGGUUAAAAUCUAAGGAGAGCAUCUACAAAAAUGUAUUUCAUGCUGACCUGGGCUAGCAAAAUCUAUUUAAACUCUAAACAGAAUUCAUGUUGCCUACCAUGCAAGAAACAACAUGUUGGAAACCAAUUGUACCGCUGUUUUGUUGUAAACAGAAAUAAAUUCUAUAUUUCUAAUGAG